UUGCCCGAUUACGCUGUCCUGAGCAUUGUGCUGAGUUCCGUCGUGGUGGUGUUGGCGGUGGCGUCAGGUUUUAUAUACAGGCACUACAAGCUGGAGGCGGCGAUCGCGUCCCAGAACUGGCGCGUGCAGUGGUCGGACUUGGUUGUGGUGCCCCGCGAUACGGCGCGAGGCAGUGUCUACAGCCAGGUGAAAGGAAGCCGCCUCACAUUCUCAUCUGGCGACUUAAGCCUUGCUGGCGAUAAGCAGGUGUUUGUACCGGUGGCUUUCUACAAGGGAACGCAAGUAGCACUCAAAGCUGUGCGCAAGGUCGAUCUGACGAGACCUAUUUUGCUCGAACUGAAGAAGAUGAAGGACUUACAUCACGACCAUCUCGUGAGAUUCCUUGGAGCUUGUUUAGAUCCACCGAAUUGCUACUUACUAACUGAAUAUUGUCCCAAGGGUAGUUUACAAGAUAUCCUAGAGAAUGAACAAUUUAAGCUCGAUUGGAUGUUUCGUUACAGUCUCAUGCAAGAUCUAGUCAAGGGAAUGUGCUACUUACACAGCAGCGACAUGCGGUCACAUGGGAAUUUGAAAUCCUCAAACUGUGUAGUGGAUAGCCGCUUUGUACUUAAGAUCACAGAUUUUGGUCUUUGUAGUCUGCGAUCUAUGCGAUCUGAUUCGUCUGAAGAUGAAAAUUCGUAUUCUUAUUGGCACAUAUUUAAUCUUACAUUUUGUCAUAUUUUUGUUUUGUUCCGUAUUGAUUUAAAAUUGUCUAUAAAUGAAACAAUAGAUGUAAAAUUUGAUAAGCGUGAAAACGAAGUAAAAGUCAAGAAAGAUUACAAAUUACAAUUUAAAGCUUCUGUGAAUGAG